CGAUGCAUAAAGCCUCGACGCCCAACCCAGCGACAUUGCGGCGCCAAUCCAUCGGCAACGCCCAAGGCCUCGUGCACGUCCAAAGCCUCACGCUGACUGAUUUGCAGCCGUUUACCGCGCACUGGCGGCGGCUGCUCGUGGGGCGGUGCUUCCAAGAGUACGGAAGUCUUCUCUUCUCCCCCAGCGACAUGUGCCCGUACGUGUACAACGCGCACAUCAGCGACCGCCUGCACACACACAAGAAGAAGCGCUUGAAAAAGUCCAAAGCGAGCCGGCGGAACCUCCUCGCCGCGGCCCAGCUGAACGACAACAACAAUGACGAGGACGACGACGACGGCGACAACGAGAGCGAGAUCACUCCGCUGACGUCGUCCAGGCAUUUCGUCCGGGCGUUUCACUUGUGGAGAGACAUGUGUGCUGCGCUGUGCCACGCCAGUGUGCUGGACUCGACGUCCGAUUCCAGCAGCGCGUCGUUUCAUAAGCGAUCGCCGUCGAAACGAACGCUCACGACGCAAAGCUCCACGUCCAUCCUGGGGCGCCCGGUGGGCCAGCAACGCCUCCGACUCGAGCCAGCCCAGCACUUUGAGCUGCCUGUCACGAGCAUAUUCGUGUCGGGGGGGCCGCUAGCGAGUAAAACGUUCAGUGCAUUUGCCACCACGAAACUGCGAGCGGUUGAGCUGCCUCGAAUUUCCAACUUUCGAAGUACCAUUGAACGCAUCCACGACACGAUUUUGCAUUCUUGGGAACGAAGUACCGAGGUCAAGCACACCAAGCAAGCCCUGGCACACGGCCGACAAGCGAUGUGGAACAGUGCAUGUGGCAUGGCGCGAGAGAAGGAAUGCGCCAACAACACGUCCAUCGACUUGCUCACUUCCAGGGACGUACGACCAAGCUUGUUUCAAGUGCUCAAUUUCGAGUCAGCUGCCAUCGCAAACAUCUUUCGAGACGAAGGCGACGCCGAGACCGAGCUCGUGAACGUCCGCCGCACCUUUCAAGUGAACGACUCGUGCUUUCGACUGUUGUAUACGAGAGCAGGGCCAGACACCAAGUACGCGCUCACGGUGGACGAGCUGUGGCGAGCCAUGAAGCGGCUGCGCGUCGUGACGCAAUUGGUGCCGACUCCACGAGACGACGACAGGUGCCAUGCACGAUAAACGAUUGGUUUUGGUUGUAACGGUGUAUAUGGUGAAUGAACCUUUCGAUUGGUAGUGCCGAGGCGACCCAGGUCAUUUCCGUGGUCGAGUUCGCCGAACUCUUGCUUCGCAUUUGCAACGAGCAGUUUGGCGAGUUGGGACGGCUCGGACAGCGCGUGGAUCGGUUUGUGGUCGAGCACUUGUGCUUCUUGCAGCAAGCCAAGUCGACGCUUCGCGAGGAGGCACAGAACCCUGCGAUGAAAGUAGUUGAUUACAUGCAAAAUCUCAUUGACUUUCAUUUAUAUCGACACUAAUAAAUGAACUAGUCGGUGUUGAGUGAAUUCAAGGACCUGCUCACGGGCAUUUUCAAACGCCAUGCGGUCAAGCCCAAAUCCAAGGAAAAGGGGGUCCCGCACUUCAAAUUGCGCGAUUGGAUUGCGUUUGUC